AUGCAUUCGAUCAAUCAGUACGGCUUAAAUUUAUCCAUUCACGAUAAAUUCUACACUGUAGAAGAAUCUGACAUUAUUUUUGAAGAACUUCUUAAUACUCCUUUUCAAGAAAUUAAUGUGACAGUUUAUGGACGAUCAUAUACUCCGAAGCGUAAGAGUUAUGCCUUCGGUGAUGCCGGCCUAAAUUAUGAAUACUCAGGGACUUCAAACCAUGCCCACCCAUGGACGCCUACCAUGCUGAAAAUGAAGCAAGAUGUUGAAGAUGCUACUGGAACAACAUACAAUUAUGCUCUUCUGAAUUUGUACCCCAGCGGCUCGGCUUCAAUCGGGAUGCACCGUGAUUUUGAAAGAACUUUGAAUAAAAAUCACCCAAUCACAACUGUGAGUUUGGGUGCAACAAGAACUUUAACGUUUGAAAGAAAUGGAUACCCUUCCUACCAUUUGCAAUGUCAUCAUGGGUCAUUAUACCAAAUGAUCUCUCCAACAAAUCAAUUGUAUCGACAUGGAAUAAGACCCGAACAUCAUGUGCAAGGCUCUCGAAUUAGUAUUACUUUUCGAAAAAUCAUCGUUCAAGCUCGAGAGGACCGCCUGAAACCCACAGAUGAUGUGCCUCAGCAGUCUGAGAUGUGCGCCCUUGCCGACCCACGCCCGCUGAUGCAACACGAUCCACUUCAACAAUUGCGCCCCGUCAACGAUGUGAAACCCGAAGAUGCACCGCCCCUAUGUGUGAGUUCACCGACGACAGCUGACGAACCGCAGCAAAAACGCGCGAGAUUGUCCUCUUUAUCCGACACAAGUGAUUCUUCCUAG